GUGUAUAUAUUUGCACGAAACUACCAUUAUAAUUUAUUUGUAAAUAAAACAUUAUACAAUGUUACGUUAAUAAAGUGUUCUACUUUCCUUUGACCGGUUUAUACCUAACCUCUAAUUUCUUUGAUAAACACUACAAAGCUUUAACAAAUGAUGUCUAAUACGAUUAAUCACAAGUUAUUUUAUAACACUGUUCUAUCACAAACAUUCUCUCCAGAUGGAAAUUAUUUAUUGGCAGGGAAUAUUUAUGGGGAUGUUUCUGUUUUUGAGUUAUCUAAAGCUCUAGGUCCCAACAAAGUGGAAGAAAAUGAAUUACAAGGACCGAAUUACCGCUUUGCUGCUCAUCCUGAUCAACAAGUAGAGAGUAUGGUGUCAAACGAUAAUUUUUUAAUAACAGGAACAUCUGGAGAAGUAUGUGGAUGGGAUUGGAAAAUUAUUACCUCGAGUAAAGCACCAAAAAGUAAAGUUUCAUGGACUAUACAGAUACCAGUGAAUAAGGAUAGCUAUGAAAAGCCAGAUGUAAAUUAUAUGAUAUACUCCAAAUCCAACCAUCUCUUGUAUGUUGGUUGUGGUGACAACAAUAUUUAUGUAAUUACUUUAGAAGAUGGCCGGAUUCUCAGAACUUUACAAGGACAUACAGAUUACAUUCACUGUCUCUCCUUAAUGGGUAAUCAGCUAGCUUCAUGUGGUGAAGAUGGGACAGUAAGGUUGUGGGAUCUAAGAAAAAAAGAAAAUACCAACAUAUUAACGCCUCAUCUGGUACAAAAGGUCGCUAGGCCACGGUUAGGCAAGUGGAUAGGCGCGAUAGACUUUACGGAUGAUUGGUUGUUAUGCGGUGGUGGUCCUUCCUUAUCUCUGUGGCAUAUACGAACGAUGGAAGCAGCAACCGUAUUCGAUCUUCCGGAUGAAGGCAUUCACGUAGCAAAGAUUUACGAAGAACGCGUGAUAGCUGCAGGAGCAGCACCCCACGUCUAUCAUUUAACAUAUCAAGGAGAAACAUUAGCGAAAGUGCCAACUUCCAGUAAAACGGUGUACAGUAUUAUUUACCAAGAAAUGCCACAGAAAGUAUUGAGUAUAGCCGGCUCCUCCAACAAUCUCGACGUUUGCACGAACUUUAAUUACCGCGAACUGAUGUUAAAGUUCGCGUAACAACAAAACUACGAACCAAAUCAAAAUACUUCCCAUGUGAUUCUCAGGAAAAGGAACAAUCUCAUGACGCAUAUAUAUUUUUAAAUAAAUAUAUUAAUACAAUGUGCAUUUUAUAAAAUAUAGUAUAAAACUUUUUACAAA